AUGGGAGCGCUGAAGAAAACUUUUAGUUUGAUGAAAGUUAGUGAGAAGAACAAGAAGAAAACAUUAUAUGCCACAGGAUACUCACUCACACAUGCUACAGAGGGUAAAUACUACUAUGCAAAAUUGAAUGCUAUGGAAGAUUUCCCGCAGCUCGAACUACCUAGGUGGAUACGAAUAUUGGAAUUACCGGGCGAGCUGUGGUCCCGACUUGAUCAGGAGAGUAUCCCAGUGCACAAGGAGUACACCAAUCUUUCACUUGGGUUUAUUGAGAGUGCAUAUGAUUCUUAUGAGGAGAUCGAAGAUCUUGGGCAGAUGGAGAUGAUGGCUAAAAAGGCCAUCUUACGCCUCUGA